AGUUCAGCUCAUGGUCGAGGCUGCAGCUGCCAACGGCAUUCCCAAGAUCUACGUCGACGACGACGCAGCUGCCUACACGUUCAAGAUGGCAAGUGAUGCAGAGAGUCUCUAUUGGGAGUUUCAACCGGACCUCGAAUAUGAGUAUGAAGUGAGCGAUGGUGCUUUCGAAAUGUAAACGCCCCUUCCGCAUUAAAGAAUGCUUCCGCCUGCAACGUCUCAUAUACCGUGCAAUCAAUGCAUACUUCCUGCUGUCUUAUAAGGUCAGCAGUCUUGUCAACCGACCGACACCUCUAUACCGCACUGCAUCACUUCGUUUCAUCGCUAUCAACUUUAUCGAAACUCCAAUUAUAUUCAUUUGACGAGCAGUUGGCACAUAUCGCUACUUGCGAAAACGGUCGCUUACAAACGGUCUUGGUCUUUACUAUGGCGGGCCUCCCAUAUCACCACGAUUGCUCGUUGACAGACCUCUCAGAAACUCUGAAAAACCUGACAAUUGAUGGGAAACCCUCAUACUUUCCAUUCGUUCGCCGGAAGAUCACAUACCCUUGCGGUUGCAUGCAGCGAGAUGAUGACGUCCCCUCCCUGCACGACGAAGCCAACAUCCCCGCCACCUCCGUCUUCUCGGAUCGAACGUGGCUCAGUGCCAGAAACCCCACGAAGGGUCUACACAUAGACGCCGAAUUCAUCUACGAAGAUUCACAGGCUACCCGGCAAUGGCGGCAAGGGGAUGAACAAUAUGCUGCCUGUUUCGGACCCGCCGACCACGCCCCUACCUGCGACCUCCACCAAAAAUACCAACCCUUCCGCGGCCACGGCGUCUAUGGGCCCCUUUACCGCGCCCUACCAACCCGCACCCUUACCAUCUUCCGAUGCGCCUGCCAAGUCUCCUCGUCGCUCGUGCUCCCCAAUCUCGACAUCUCAGCAUCGACGCCGAUUGCGAGGCUGCGCCGAUGGGACACAGAACAAGCUCGCCGGUGGCUCUUUCUUCUGCGAGACUUCCGGCCAUUAAAUCUUCUUAGCGGAAUUCACAUGGAUGCGGAGUUCUGCUGGGGAUUGGUCGAGUAUGAGCGGCAGUGGUGUGAGGCUUGCGUUGGGGUCGUGGGAGAGUUGGUGAAGGCUGCUGAAGAGAUGUGUUUGGACUGGUAUCCGACUCAGAAAUGGAUAGGCCAGACUAAGUCAAGUAGCAAAUCCUCGUCUGGAACGGACUCCGGUUCGACUAAGGAUAGUUGGACGACCUGUAUUACCUUGCUAGGGGGAACGGAGUGCUCGGAUGAAGAAUGGUGGGAGGAUGGCGAGGGCUGCUGGCACAGGCUUGGGGAGAAUGGUGUUAAGAUGAGGGGUGGAGCUGGUGAAGAGGAAGACCUGGAAAUCACGGCACUGCUGGAACCAGAUUCCUCAUCCGACAGCCCCAUCCCUGACCGAAACGAGGACAAGACCGACCAAUACGAAGCUUCGGAAUGCAUGAUCUGCUUCGAGCCCUGCCUCCCUACCAAGCGCCGGCACACCCUACGCUCAAAGUCCCUCCUAUGUCCAGCCCACGAUCCGCACACGCUCUACGCACUCCCCUGCGGACAUGUCUUCGGAAGGCCUUGCCUUAGCGGCUGGGUGAGGGCUGGGCAGGAACUGCAUAAAUGCUGCCCGAAGUGUAGGCAGAGGUUCUGGACGCGCAGGAUCGCUUUGGCGCAUGCGCUGAUGGGAUGGAUGAGGUUGUAGGAGGCAUAGAGCGUGAAGCAUAGGUGAAUAGGAUUGUGCGGCGGAAGUGGAGUGAUUGAUGGGGAUGGCGGGAGUAGGAGACAUGGCCCACAUCGAAAUAGCUGUAACUUUUCUCUGGCAUUUGGUGCUUCUCUCAUAGGGCACGCCCGCUCUCGUCAAGACUUCCUACGGUUUCUCUGGUUGCGGUGGAACAGCGAGCCCAUCACGUGCGAAGGCUUUCACCGGCGCACGGGCUAAUUGUGGGGCGCGGGCCAUUACAUAAAC